GGCAGAAGGGCGCAUGGAGGCGGCGGGCGCGGCGGGCGGCGCCGGGCCCGGGGACGGGGCGCCCGGCAAGGGGCGGCCGCUGCAGCCCCCGGCCAAGGGGCGGGAGCUGUUCAGGAGCCAGCGGAAGGAGUCCGAGGGCUCAGUGGACUGCCCCAGUGUGGAGUUUGAGUACGGGGAUGCUGACGGCUACGCUGCUGAAUUAUCAGAGCGCCUUUCAUUCCAAAGCGCUUUACAAGUCAUCCACAGCAGAGAGGAAUUACGUCACCCUUCCCGGAAAUGCAUCCGUUUCUGGGGUGGAGCAAGAGCUACCUAACUGUGCUGCAGAACUGUACAGCUACACGGAGGAACUGGAGUUCACCAUCAAUAGGAAGUGCUUUGAAGAGGAUUUUCAAACUCAAGUGCAGGGCAAGAGAUGGCUGGAGCUGGACCUGGCUCAGCAGAAGGCCUAUGUGAUGCGGUUGCUGGACGGGCUGGAGGUGGUCAACAGGGACAAGAGGCUGAAAGCAGCACGAGCUGUCCUUUAUUUGGCACAAGGUGUAUUUGGCGAGUGUGACAUGGAAGCGGAGGUCCUGCAUUGGUCUCGGCACAAUAACUUCCUGCUGUACCAGAUGGGGACUUUCUCAGCCUUCCUGGAGCUACUGAACAUGGAGAUAGACAACAGCCAGGCUUGCAGCAGUGCCCUGAGGAAACCAGCCAUCUCCUUAGCGGAUAGCACAGAGCUCAGAGUGCUGCUGAGUGUCAUGUACCUGAUGGUGGAGAACAUCCGUGUGGAGGCAGAGGCCGACCCGCCCGAGUGGAAGAGCUCCCAGGAGACCUUCAGGACAGAGCUGAGUUUUCCUGUGCACAGUGAAGAACCAUUUGCUCUGUUGCUCUUCACCAUGGUAGCCAAGUUCUGCAGUGGGCACGCUCCGCACUUCCCCAUGAAGAAGGUCCUGCUCCUGCUGUGGAAGGUGCUUCUGUUCACCCUGGGGGGAUUUGAAGCCCUCCAGGCCAUGAAAAUGAGGAAGCGGGAGGAGCUGGGCCUGCCACCUCUCCCGGAGGACAGCAUCCAGGUCAUGCGCCGCAUGCGGGCUGCGUCGCCUCCCACCUACACCAUCGAACUCCUGGACCAGCAGCCGUCGAAACGUGGGCACCGGAGCAGGCGGCCCCUGGUGAAGCAAGACAGCCUGGACAUGUAUAACGAGAGGGACCCUUUCAAGAACGAUGAGGCUGGAGUGGAUGAAGAGGAAAAUGACGAUGUAGACAGCGGGAUUGAGGGGGAGCUGGACCUGAUGGAGCGGGAAGCGAUCAUCCAGGCUGUGCCAGCUCAGCGCCCACCCAUCGAGCGGGUGUCUUUCCCCAAAGGGCUUCCAUGGGCACCCAAAGUCAGACAGAAGGACAUUGAGCAUUUCCUGGAGGCAAGUAGGAACAAAUUCAUUGGAUUCACCCUCGGACAGGACACGGAUACCUUAGUAGGGUUGCCCCGGCCCAUCCACGAAAGUGUGAAGACUCUAAAGCAGCACAAGUAUGUCUCUAUCUCGGAUGUUCAGAUCAAAAACGAAGAGGAGCUGGAGAAGUGUCCCAUAUCACUGGGGGAGGAGGAAGUUCAGGAGACCCCCUGUGAGAUGCUCUAUCGGGCAAUGUUAUACAACCUCCCCCAGUAUAUGAUUGCUUUGCUGAAGAUUCUCCUGGCUGCAGCACCCACCUCCAAAGCCAAGACCGACUCCAUCAACAUCCUGGCAGACGUGUUGCCCGAGGAGAUGCCCAUCACAGUUCUUCAGAGCAUGAAAUUGGGGGUCGAUGUAAACAGACACAAAGAGAUCAUUGUGAAGAGCAUUUCGGCCACGCUGCUGCUGCUGCUGAAGCAUUUCAAACUGAACCACAUCUACCAGUUUGAGUAUGUGUCUCAGCACUUGGUGUUUGCCAACUGCAUCCCGCUGAUCUUGAAGUUCUUUAACCAGAAUAUCAUGUCCUACAUCACUGCCAAAAACAGCAUCUCUGUCCUGGAUUAUCCACACUGCACAGUUCAUGAGCUGCCUGAGCUCACUGCGGAAAGCCUGGAAGCUGGGGACAACAACCAGUUCUGCUGGAGGAACCUGUUCUCCUGUAUUAACCUGCUGAGGCUCCUCAACAAGCUGACCAAGUGGAAACAUUCUAGGACAAUGAUGCUGGUGGUUUUUAAAUCCGCCCCGAUCCUGAAACGUGCUCUGAAAGUGAAGCAGGCCAUGAUGCAGCUGUAUGUGCUGAAACUCUUGAAGAUCCAGACCAAGUACCUUGGGCGCCAGUGGAGAAAGAGUAACAUGAAAACGAUGUCUGCCAUUUACCAGAAAGUGCGUCACCGCAUGAACGAUGACUGGGCUUACGGCAACGAUAUUGAUGCCAGACCAUGGGAUUUCCAAGCUGAAGAAUGCACACUGAGAGCCAACAUUGAAGCCUUUAAUAGCCGGAGAUACGAUAAAUCCCAGGACUCAGAGUUUGCACCGGUGGACAAUUGCUUGCAGAGUGUGCUGGGGCAACGGCUGGAGCUCCCUGAAGAUUUCCAUUACUCAUAUGAACUCUGGCUAGAAAGAGAGGUGUUUUCUCAGCCAAUCCGCUGGGAAGAGUUGCUACAUUUUCAGUGACAAUGACAGGAUUACCUGAACCAAAUACCGUCACAGUAAAGCUCUGAGAUGCUACUUCCUGGGGAAAGGAGAGGUCACUCUCUGACUGGGGGGUUCUGAAGUCUGGCUAAAAAUCUCCCUUAUCAGAAUUGACUUUUUAUAACUAUUCAGACACCCUAAAGUGUGGUGUCCCUAUCUUUUAGAGACCUUCCCUUUCCUCCAAUCUUUUAGAGACCAUCUAAUGUAAACAGACCUGCACGUAGAGGUUGAGGGCCAAAUUCUGAUGUUACACUGGUGACAAUCUAGAGAAACUCGACCGACAUCAGAGGAGUUUACUCCAGGUUUACACCAGGAUAAUGGAAAUCAGAAUCUGGCUCGGAGUAUCUUAACUUCUUUCUUAGCAUUGUUCAUGUAUGAUAAGCUUGCUACGUUUCUAUACUGUGAAAGGUCUUUGCCUUGCCUGACUGCCCUGCGUUGUGCCUAAUGCACUAGAAAUGUUUCACUGAUUCAACUUGGAACGUCGCCUGAGAGAUGAUUAGACAUCCCACUACCAUAUUAACACCUAGAUUAGACAAGUAAUACCUCAAAAGAUUGAAAGUAAACAAUAACUGGCGAUAUUUGACCAUCUCAGCAGAGGCUACAGGCUGAAUAAGCCAAUGGAAACUAAACUACCUUUUUGCCUCUAGAGGUGGAACCUCACUGCUGCUUGCGUUGUAUAACCAAACCUCUGGACUUUGGUUUCCAGAGCUGGCAGUGUGGCAUCUUUCACUACACCUGUGAAUCCAGCACUUUCCUCCCUCACUACAUUCAUUUAACUUUGUAUUGAAGUAAAAUGAACAGUAAGGUAUCUAUGAUGUACAAGUCCUAGCCGUAAAGGAGUUAGACAGACUGAGGUCUGCUCUACUUAAUAUUUCAGUGAGUCUGGACUUAUUUGACUAGACGUUACCAACCUAAACUGCAAAAAGGUGAGAUUCUUUCUCAUCUAUUGUAGGUGCCCAGUUAAUUUACAAUGAUUUGUUCUUCUCCUUCCAGAGAAGAGAGGGCAGCAGGGCCGUUUUUAUGAAGUGCAAUUACUGUAACCUGUUAGAUUUCUACUUAGCUCUUCCUGUUGCCUUGUAAAAUGUCUUGCUGAAAGUGACCCUCCUGACUUUUUGAGACACAGGAAUUUGUUUGGUGUUGGGGGGCUAUUCUUUGUGCUCUAGCGUAAAAUGGUGUGUGUGUGUGUGCGCACGCGUGCAUAGCAUUUCUGUGCUGAGGGAAAAGAAUAGUGAACUGUAUAGCCUAUAGCUUUGUCGUGGUGUGUGAGAAUUUCGGUGUGAGACUUCUACAACUUGGAAAGUUUAGGGCUUAGUAUAAAUGUUCAGGUAUAGUCUACCUUCGCUUAAGCCUGUGUUGCAUGGAUAUAAUAACCGAGAGUUGCUUAUGUGUCAGAACAAAAUCAUUUGUCCAGUAUAUUAAAGUCAGUUGCUAAACCACUGAAUGAGAUUUGGCUCUUGGCAUGGCGUAUGCUCUGUAAAACCCAUGACAGUCAGUAGGAGACCUUGCGAGAGAGACACACAAAAGCAACAUUGAAGGUAUAGUGGCAGUGCCUAUGUGCUGUGAGUUUUCCCAUCAGUACUGGACAGCCAAGGCCUUAGAACAAUCUUGGGUUUUACUUGUUGUUUGUCCUUCCUGAACAGAGGAAUUCAGCUUCUGUAGAAGCAGCACUUGUUAGUAUAUUGCAGGCAAAACUUCAUCAUUUAGACGGUAGUUGUGAUAGCCGCAUCUCAAGGGCACAUGAGAUAAGGCCACAAGUAUUUGUUACGCCAGCAUCGGUGUUCAUUACAACGGAAUGAGGCUGAGAACGGUUCUUAAUGUGGUUUGUAUGAUAAGGCAUUUUUCAAAGAAAUGGCAAUAGUAAAUCUGUUCACUUCUUAAACACAUUGUGUGAAAAAUAAAGCAGAGUGACUUCUC